AUGUGUGCGUGUAUGUAUGUAUAUGUGUACAAGUCGGUGGCCAGAGAGAGCAAACGAGAGGGGCAGAAAGAGAGGGGAGUACGUGUGAGGGCGGAGGUCGGAGACGAGGCGGCAGAGCCGGAAGGAAGUGCCUGUGCCUUGAAGCGGCCUCACUGACUCAUCCGCCCCAGCCCUCCAACCCCUGCUGCUUCCCCGGGUCAAGCCAAAAACUUAGUGCCAUAUUUAGGACCAAAUAAAAUGAGAGACUGCUUUUGUACAAUCAAUUUGGAUCAAGAAGAGGUGUUUCGUACUCAAGUGGUGGAAAAAUCUUUAAGUCCAUUUUUUGGAGAAGAGUUUUACUUUGAAAUACCAAGAAUAUUCCAGUAUUUAUCAUUCUAUAUUUAUGACAAAAAUGUUCUACAGAGGGACCUGCGUAUAGGUAAAGUAGCUAUCAAAAAAGAAGAUUUGAGCAUAUAUUCUGGCAAGGAAACAUGGUUUAUACUUCAACCAGUUGAUUCUAACUCAGAAGUUCAGGGAAAAGUACAUCUUGAAUUAAAAUUAAAUGAACUGAUUACAGAUAAUGGAUCUGUAUGCCAGCAGCUAGUAGUACAGUUGAAGGAAUGUCAUGGGCUACCUCUUAUUAAUGGGCAAAAUUGUGACCCUUAUGCUACAGUAUCUGUUGUUGGUCCUUCAAGGAAUGAUCAAAAGAAGACAAAGGUAAAGAAGAAAACAAGCAAUCCACAAUUUAAUGAAACAUUUUAUUUUGAGGUAACUAGGUCCAGUAGUUACACCAAGAAGUCACAGUUUCAGGUAGAAGAAGAAGACAUUGAGAAACUGGAAGUCAGGAUUGACUUAUGGAACAAUGGCAACUUGGUGCAAGAUCUUUUCCUAGGAGAAAUUAAGAUUCCUGUCAAAACGUUAGGAAGUGAUUCUUUCCAAGCAUGGUAUCUCCUACAGCCAAAAGAUAAUGGAAAUAAAUCUGGUAAAAGUGAAGAUCAUGGAUCCCUUAGACUGAAUAUAAAUUAUGCUGAAGAUUAUGUACUUCCAUCUGGAUACUAUGUGUCUCUUAGAGACUUGCUUCUGAAAUCAUCAGAAAUGGAGCCAAUUUCUGCAUCAGCUGCUUACAUCUUGGCCGAAGUGUGCCGCGAUAAAUAUGAUGGUAUUUUGCCACUUGUAAGGUUGUUGCUGCACCAUCAUAGAUUAGUGCAGUUCGUUACCGCAGUGGCAGAAUUAGAAUUGAAAGAAACACAAGAAGUAAAUACAAUCUUCAGAGGAAACUCUUUAACUACUCGGUGUGUAGAUGAGAUGAUGAAAAUAGUGGGAAAGCACUACUUGAAAGUUACUUUAAAACCAAUUCUAGAUGAGAUAUGUGAGAAUCCUAAGCCUUGUGAAAUUGAUCCCUUGAAACUGAAAGAAGGAGAUAAUGUGGAAAUGCACAAGGAAAAUCUUCGUUAUUAUGUUGACAAAGUUUUCAGUACAAUUGUACAAUCAAGUAUAAGUUGCCCAACUUUAAUGUGUGAUGUGUUGUGUUCUCUGAGGCGUUUGGCUGCUGAAAGAUUUCCUAAUGACCCUCAUGUACAGUACUCUGCAGUGAGCAGCUUUGUGUUCCUUCGUUUCUUUGCUGUAGCUGUAGUAUCGCCUCAUACUUUCCAUUUACGACUUCAUCAUCCAGACGCACAGACAUCUAGAACAUUAACUCUUAUAUCAAAAGCAAUUCAGACACUGGGAAGCUGGGGAAGUUUAUGCAAAAACAAGCUGUCAAGCUUCAAGGAGACGUUUAUGUGUGAAUUUUUCAAAAUGUUUCAAGAAGAAGAAUACAUUGAAAUAGUCAAAAAGUUUUUAGAUGAAGUGUCUUCAACGGAAAGUAAAGAGCCAAGUGUCAUGAAUGAGCCAUUGCAUCUAAAAGAAGGGGAGAUGUUUAAAAGAGCACAAGGAAGAACUCUUAUUGGAAAAAAGAAUUUCAAGAAGCGUUGGUUCUGCCUUACAAGUAGAGAACUCACUUAUCAUAAGCAACAAGUUAAAGGACCUAUAUUCACCAUUCCUGUCAAAAACAUUCUUGCAGUAGAAAAACUUGACGAGGGUGCAUUUAACAGGAAAAAUAUGUUUCAAGUGAUACAUGUUGAGAAACCACUCUAUGUGCAGGCAAAUAAUUGUGUGGAGGCUAGUGAGUGGAUAGAAGCUCUCUGUAGAGUGAGCAGAUGCAACCCAAAGCGAUUGAACAUCUAUCACCCAUCUGCUUUUUUGAAUGGAAAUUGGCUAUGCUGUAAAGCCACAUCAGAAAACACAGUGGGCUGUAUGCCAUGUACUGCGGGUGUACCUGCUGACGUUCAGAUAGAAAUAGAUGGAGAUAGAGAAACAGAGAGAAUCUACUCACUCUUCGCAAUCAGUAUGACAAAACUCCAAAAAAUGCAAGAGGCUUGUGGAAGUAUAGCAGUCUACCAAGGUCCACAGAAAGAGCCAGAUGAUUAUUCUAAUUUCAAAAUUGAGGACUCAGUAGCAACUUUUCAAACUCUUCAGCAAAUAAUAUCAAUUGUAGAACAAUUGGACAUACAUCAUGAUAAGUAUCGGGAAAAAAGAUCAUCUAGUGCUAAAUAUGGCAGUGAAGAAAAUCCAAUUGUUGGAAAAAUUUCUUAACCAAAGGCACUUUCAAUAGAGAUGGAUUUUGAAAGAAAGGAUUUGGAAUAAUUUUCACUCUUUAAUAACAAACUGCUUUUGGGAUCAUUCAGUGAAUUUAAGAAUAUACAUUUCUUACAAUUAGCUGUAUUCACAAGCUUAUUUAAUAUUUAACAGUGGAAAGAACAAAUGUGGAAUCAGAUUUCUGCAGGGAUAAGGGAAAACAUACUCAUAUUGUUUAAAGAACUUAACAUACAAAAAUGUAAGUAAACAAGGUAUCUAAAGCUGGGAAGAUCUUCUAAAAAAAAUAAGCUUUCUACGGAAGAAAACAGCUACCACCUUCAGUUGGGAUUUUAUCUGCCAGGAUAAUCAUCAGCUUCUGUGACUAUCACUAUUAUCUGGACAAAGAAAUUCUGACAGGCGGCAAACGAAUUUGAAGCUUUACAUUCAGCGCACAGUCACUUUUAAAACUUCCUUUCUUAAUUUACAGUAUAAAUGUUUUUUUUUUUAAAGGAACAAAAUGAUGGUACUUUUUCAAAAUGUGCAUUGACAAUUAGCAAAGUUAUGUUAUUUAAGCGGUGUCACUGAAACAGGACAAGUCAGGGAAUCUAUAUGUCUUGUUUACAAUUGGAGUGAAUAGUGAAAGAUACCAUGU